AGACUUUGGGUUGGCUCAUCAUUCGACCACAAGGGGCCUGACGAGUCACAGCUCUGGAGAACUUCUGUCCUACAUGCGGAUUAUCUGUGACAUCCUUCCAGAUGUUCAGACGCGCUGCUCAACACUUACAGUCACUCCCCCACCCUCUUAUUAUGUUCUCUGACACUUUGGAGUUUCACAGCUCGGACCUGGGAAAUUUGGAGCUGCUGCGCCGGAUGGAUAUUUGAUCCAAAAAUCGGGCGCAUGAAGACAAACAUGGAGAGGAAAGGAGCGCGUUUUUACAACUCAGGCUGGAGGAAUCAUGUCUCCAGGCAGAUGGCGCGAAUAAGGUGGCGUUUAUCAAGAAGGAGGGCUCUUGUUUAAUGCAGAGGGGAAAAAAGUGUAUCUUCAAAGUUAUGGAGCUUCCAGGUCAAGUCGAGCCGACGCAGUCCACAAACUCCACAAACGACAGCCUGGUUCUGGAUUCCUCCACCGGGGAGGAGAGCGCAGAGAGUCUGUGGUACCAGAUCAGCCUGGCUGUCAUCCUGUCGCUCAUCACUCUCGCCACCACGUUAUCCAACGCCUUUGUGAUCGCAACCAUCUCCCAGUCGAAGAAACUCCAAACUCCCGCCAACUUUCUGAUCGCCUCUCUGGCCAUCACUGACCUACUGGUGUCCAUCCUGGUGAUGCCCAUCUGCGUCCUCUACACGGUCAUCCACACCUGGACGCUGGGGCAGAUCGUCUGCGACAUCUGGCUGUCCUCCGACAUCACUUGCUGCACCGCAUCUAUCCUCCACCUGUGCGUCAUCGCACUGGAUAGGUACUGGGCCAUCACGGACGCGGUGGAGUACUCCAAAAAGCGCACGCCGGCCCGCGCGGCGGGCAUGGUGGCCACGGCGUGGGUGAUCGCGAUCUCCAUCUCCCUGCCGCCUCUUUUCUGGAGGCAGGUGAAGGCGGAGGAGCUGACCAGCUGCAGCGUCAACACGGACCACAUUUUUUACACCAUCUACUCCACCUUCGGAGCUUUCUACAUCCCCACCUUGCUGCUGAUCGUCCUCUACGGGCGGAUUUACGUGGAGGCGCGCAAACGCAUCUUGAAACAGUCCCCGAGGAAGGUCGGGAAGAGACUCACCUCCGCGCACCUGGUCACCAACUCCCCCGGGUCGGUGGCGUCCACCACCUCCCUGCAGUGCGGGAGGCACGACACCCCGUCCAGCGACACCGGCUCGUCCACGAGCGACAACCAGGUGAAAGUGACCGUCUCCGACGCGCUCUUGGAAAAAAAGCGCAUCUCCGCGGCCCGGGAACGGAAAGCCACCAAGACUCUGGGGAUCAUCCUCGGCGCUUACAUCGUUUGCUGGCUCCCGUUUUUCAUCUACACCCUGCUGGUGGCCACGUGUGUCGCGUGUUUCAACCAGGAGCUGUUCGACUUCUUCACCUGGCUGGGAUACCUGAACUCCCUCAUUAACCCGAUCAUCUACACCAUGUCCAACGAGGACUUCAAGAAAGCUUUCCAGAAACUGGUGCGCUUCAGGUGCUGCAGAGCCUGAGCUCUUCUUUUCAUCUCCAAUAAGAUUUAUUUGCGUUAAACAGUUUUUUUUAAUACAACGCUCAAAAAGGAGUUGGUGUGCAUGCAAGUAAAAAAUAAAAGACCCGUUUUGUUUGGAUAAGAUCAUAAAAUGUACCUCAUUUCUUAUGUAAAUACAGGAAAAACUGGAAAAAGUUCGUUCAAAAAUGAGUCAAAAGAAAAAUAAACAGAAUUGUGAAAGAAAAUGUAUUAAAAUUACUUUUAUAGGCUAAAACAAUUCAAAUAUUUUCCAUUGUUUAGUGGUAAAAAAUAUCAAUCAUGUUCAUUCCACCAUGCAGCUGAUGUUCAAGGAUGCAAAGAGACUUGAUCAAAGAUGAGAUCUUUCUGCAACUUUAUAGGUGAAAAAGGUUUCAUUUAAGGGGCCAUCUGCCUUUUUUAAUGUUCACAUAAACCAGAAAAAACACACACUUUUUUGCUGUUCCUGCUUGGGUUUGCGGUCAUCUUUUACUGCAGAAAAUGUUCAUUUAUUAGACAGUUCCGUAUUGCAUUGACUGGACUUUCUAUGAUAAAAGUUGUGAUGUGAUGGGAAUGUGCAAUAAAGGUUGUAAAGGUUUUAUUCUUCAA